CCUAACUGUUGCAGUGAUCUUGGCGAAUCCAAUGAAGCUGGACAAUUUUACCACAAAAUGACGGCUACUGACACAGGCGGAUAGAUGAAGGCCUGAGUAAGCCAGCAUGCGCGCACAAGCAGAACGUAUAAGUAAGGCGAAUCACUCUGAAGAUAGGUUUUGCUUAGAGAACACGCAUCAUUGUGACUUCUCGCUCUCUCUCUGUCUUUUUCCGUUACAACUAGUUGAGAGGAGCAGCUAGAGCUCGGGCUCGUCUGGCUCCUUCCAAAUCCAACGCUCGCCAAAAUGUCAGCGUCAUGCGCGUCAACGAGCAGCGGAAUGCCGCGGCCUCGGAGGCGCGCUUUGCUGGUUGGAUGCAAUUAUCCGAUGCGGACACAGUGCCUACACGGUGCGUGCGCAGACGCUUUUUGGCUAGCGAACACGCUCCAAGAGGUCUACCCCGGAAGCUUCGAUGUAGGAGAGUGUAGGACUUAAUUAUCUCCUAUGAAUAUCCGCAUCCGUCGAUCUACAAACUAUAGUAUAAAUAUUCACAUAGAAGAAUACCAAUAGCAAUACCUUAUAGCUACCCUUGUUUUGAUGAGUCACUGACGAGGUGUUGUUUGUCAUGAAAACAAUCCGACCCAAGACCAGGUCAUGAGUGAUCAAGAUUUAUCGCAUGGCAAUUUUCAAAAUUAUUCUUGCUCGCCCCCAUCCUCUUCAUAUGUUACCCGCGAGAGCAUCCGAAUUUUGCACGAUCACGACGUGAAAAGUCAGAAGCGGGGAGCUUGGAAUCCGGAUGCGGCUACACUUUCCACAAGAGCUAACAUAUUGUCGUCUCUUCGUUGGCUAGUCCAAGAUGCACGAUGCGGUGAUGUGCUCCUCUUCUACUACUCCGGAUUCGGAGUUCUGGUACUUUCAUCUUGUGAAAUAUACAGCUUUUCUGCAGAACUUUUCAUCUUCAAAGUAAGGUGAAGUUGCACCACUUGAAGAUGAGUUGUAGUACUAUGUAUUAGGCAAUAGACAGUUUUUUGAUCGCACUCGAAAUCUACUCUGUACUCACUUUUAGUGCCGCAGAACUACAAGACACGCAACGAUGAUCAAGCACGUGUCCAGCAUGUAUAUGUUGUAUACCCGUAGUUUGGUACUGCAUCACCUUCGAUUACGUACUUGUUGAGCACGACCUGCUACCUUCAGGUGGAUGACCUUGCGGGAUUCGAGGGUGAGGGAUACCAGGAAGCGAUCUACCCGACAGACCCUGCUGGAGACGAUGCCUUAUUGCCGUUAUCGGAAGUGCACGACAUCGUCACGAAUCUUCCACCUGGUGUGCACAUGUCAUGCUUUUUCGAUUGCGACCAUGCAACGACGCUUGUGGACCCCAUCUGCGGACGGUACUGCUCGUUUCAUCUUCUUCUUCCUGCGACUAAUUGUAGAGCAAACAAGAGGUUUUGACUUAGCAUGUGGCUUCUUCGCAUUGCCAUGUGUGUUUAGUGUGCGACCGUCGGAGCAUGAUCUCCUGCAUUUUUGAUUUAUCGCUAUUUUUUGUCGUACAGUGUCGCUGGGAGCAUUGAAAGCAGUAUCGCCGGAGAUGGACCCUGGACCCGAAAGCAAGCGCUGUGUGGCUUAGUGAAUGUCGGCUAUGCAGAGGAGCGCGUGCGCGAGGCCGUUCACGACAAGCAUUUAUGAGGAAAUAGAAGGAGAUCUAAGAGAUGGUGACAGGAUAUCAAUAUCUUUGCUUCUGAAUUACACCACAUAAUUUCGUAUGUAGUAUUUGAAUGAUGAUGGUAACGAACAGGAGUAAGAAGUACAUCUUUUUUCGAUGCAGCUAGGGAAUUUCUAAGGAGAGUGUGGCAUAACGAUCAUUGCAGGAGGAAUCUACAGAGGGUAAAGGAAAAAUAUCUGAAGCCUACAGCAGUAGACUUGUCUCAGCUUCGACAGCGAAACCUGACGAGGCCGGCGAUGCGACGAACAGCCCCGAUGGUGUACGCACAGGAAAUAUUCGUUUAGCUAUGUUGAGCAGUGGUCGAUGCGAUAUCUACGUACCUGUAUCAUGUUAAACCUGCAUCUUCUCUUACACAAUUGACGAUGGAGAUAGAGACACCAUUCAAUUUACUAUAUAUAAAUUUGUCAACCUUGUUGUCAAAAAGGUCCGCAUCCUUAUUCCAUCUUUCAUCUUCUGUUUUCGUAUUCGGCAGCAGGGUUCGGACAAACGGCUUUGGAGUUGCAUUUCCCUGAGCUGAACCGCGUCCAUGGAGUAUUCACGUACUGUUUGAUCCGCGCUCUUGAGAAAAAGAAGAGGAACUCGAGGCUUGCAGCUAGUGCUCAGGCUUGUUCUGCGACUUCUUCUUCAACGGAUCAUGUGCCCAUGGAGGCUUGUUCGCGUAGCGUAUCGCGAUCUGAGCGGAACUUAUGCCUGAUCAGCUGUAGCGCAGGAAACGGCCAAAUACGAGGUGAAGAACCUGUAGGAGCCUUUGACGAGUCACAGUUGACCAAGCCAGAAGGUGAUAAAAGCGAUGAUCAUUCAGAGGAUGUCCCGUGGAUAGCGGUCAGCCACACUGAGCUUCUGCGGUUGAUGCGGCUGGAGCUACGGGAAGUGAAGGAACGCUUGAUUCCGUCAAUAGAUCAGGACGUGCAGCUCACAUGCACGCGUCCUUGGUGUGACGAAGGUCGAUUUCUUCUCUUUUACGGCAUGAAAAUGGCAUUGUUUGCAGAGAAGUGUCUAAGGAAGCAGAGAUUGUGUGGAAGUCGACCCACACUGCUAGCGCCUUGGCUCCGUCACGAUCACUAUAAUCAGAACUAGUCUCUACGGAUGCUAGGACGAGCAGCACUAUCAGAGACGCCGACGUGACAUAGGUUCUGGAUGGAGGAUCUGUGACUAGGUAUACGAAUAUACAACUUGUAAGUGUAAAACUAACAAGCCACAACUUCCAGAUUCUUCACAUCAAAUCACCUAUACUCAGACGGCUUAAUCCCGUAUAAGAUCACUAUUCUCCAACGUCAGUAUUCUCUAUCUAUCUAAGCAUCGGAAAGAAUUGUCCCAGAAAUGCUUCCUGUCGACCUUCCCGAUGAAAUGCGUCGCCAGUUGCUUCGGUUCUUUCCCGGUGGCAGCAAGCACGGCAGCAAAGCUAAAGCCUCCAAGACUCGAACCAUCGAUACGAAUGAAGGGGUUCAACCGAUUGAGGGUCGAAGCGCUCCGUCCAGUUGGGGGGAUUGGUUGUGGUCUGUUGUCGUUGGUUCGGAAACAAAAAGAGAAGCUUCGUCAGCGUCGACAGAUGCAGCAUUAGGGGUCGUAGGUGAUACUGUAAGACCAGGAGAGGGCGAAAACGGGAAAUCAUCACAAGCAACCAUAACUGAAGACGUUGAAACUGCUUGUGUUUCCUCUAGUGAGUCAAAAGCGAGUAGUUCCAGUGCAGAUUGCAUGGACUCUGCCAGAGUCGAGAUCCCAGACGAAGGCGUUGGGAACAACAUUUUUUUUGCUGCAGGAAAACCUUCGGUACUCCCGGCCACGUUCUUCCCAGACAUCAAUCCCACCACAGCUGGGUCAUAUCCGUCAUUAAUUUCCACAGCGACGCCAGGAAGCAACACGAGCAUGACUCAGGUGACGCCGCCAUGGCACCAGCCCACGAUGAUGGAGGCAUCACAAUCGCGAUCCCAACAAGUUGUGAACACUGGAGGAGUUUUUGGGCUAAGGCCGCCAAUCGCACCUCUGUCGUCGUUUGUUACACCAGGCGGCUCAUUCGCAGCUUCGUCGCGGAUGUCAUCCUCUGCACGUACGACGACAUCGGGGGGCCUUCAUCAAACCGCAGUUGUGCAAACGCUCCAGGCACCUCCUGUCCGUCUAGUGCCGAACAGCUCCCGUUCCAGCAGCCACAGUAGCUUCGGAGGCGGCCAUCUUUCGGUAGGCUUGCACCCUCCAAGCUAUGCGGCACCGGGACUCCUUACCACGGGUAAGACGUUCCGGAGUCGACCGCCGUCUGGCACGCACACACCGGCAUUUCCGAACUAG